AUGCCAUCUCAAAGCAAAAGACCAAUUCGGAUCGCAGGAGCAUCCGGCUCUGCAUCCGACCGCCGUCAUGCAAUGGCAGAGUUCGCCCGGAAUUACCCCAAAGACCCUGUGGAUGUCAUCAUCUCGGAUUAUAUGAGUGAAUACAACAUGGCGGUGGCUGCGGCCCGGCGCGUCGACCAGGCGAACACAACGCCCACGGAGACCAGCGCGAUCAAUGGUCCGGCAGCCCCCGCGUACGAGCCUUCAUUUCUGGAAGCCCUUGAGCCGGCACUGGAGGACCUGGCGAGGUAUAAAAUAAAGAUCGCGGUCAAUGCUGGUGUGACGGACACCAAGUCUUUAUACGAUGUGGUCGUAGAAAUGGUCAGGAAAGCAGGGCUGGAUCUAAAGGUCGCAUGGAUCUCCGGUGACGAAGUCCUUCCUGCCAUCAAAGAGGCCUUGGCCUCUGGUGAAUCAACUUUCAAGAAUAUCUACACUGGGGAGACCUUGGACAAGUGGGCUUUCGAGCCCAUCUAUGCUCAGUGCUACCUCGGCGGUUUGGGAAUCGCCGCCGCGUUUUCCAAAGGGGCUGAUAUCGUCCUCUGUGGCCGCGUUUCUGAUGCUUCCCCAGUCAUCGGUGCGGCCUACUGGUGGCAUGGCUGGUCCAGAUCUGACUUGGACAAGCUUGCAAACGCUUUUGUGGCGGGCCAUCUCAUCGAAUGCAGCAAUUAUGUCUGUGGAGGUAAUUUCACUGGCUUCAAGGGGCUGGAAAAUGCAGGGGGAGACGGCUGGACCAAUAUCGGCUAUCCCAUUGCUGAAAUUUCGGCCGAAGGGCAGGUAGUCAUCACGAAACAGUCGUAUUCCACCGGCGGAGCUGUCACUAUUGAUACCUGCUCUUCUCAACUGCUCUAUGAGAUCCAAGGGCCAAUAUAUUUCAAUUCAGAUGUCACCGCUAUCCUGUCUGAUAUCCAUUUUGAGCAGAUAGGCCUCAAUCGGGUGGCCGUCAAAGGCGUCAAGGCCGCGCCCCCGCCGCCGACCACAAAAGUAGGCCUCACAGCUAGAGGAGGGUAUCAAGCAGAGGUUACCUGGUUCAUGGUGGGCUUGGAUAUUCCCGCAAAAGCAAGAAUGCUUGAAGCGCAGAUUCGGCGGCUGCUUGCCCCUUAUUCCAAGAAUUAUACCCUUCUUAAAUUCUCCGUUUUAGGCUCUUGCCCGGAUGAUCCACUGGACCAAAACAGCGCAACAGCCACGGUCCGUAUCCUCGCGCAGGCCCCCCGUGCUGACCAUCUUGCACCAACAAAAUUCCUACGCCAAAUCCUUGACAACAUCAUGCAAGGCUACCCUGGCGCAACAUUCAACCUGGAUAUCCGUGCAGGUUUCCCCAAACCCGUUUUCGAAUACUAUGUUACUCUUCUCCCGCAAUCACGCGUGCAGCACCAAGCACAUCUGCCAUGGCUCAACACGAAACCAGAAUCUGGCCAGCCCGGCAACCCACACAGUCGGUAA